GUCGCGCAGCUCAGCGCUGCGCAGCAUGGGUGGCGCACGGGCUGCAGGUUGGGUGGCGGCGGGCCUGGCUCUGGGUGAGGGCGCUGGUUUCUGCCUAUAUCGCGUGGCACACGGCCCACGGCACAGCAAGCGCGGGCUCCGUUCCUCAGAGUUCACAGAAGAUUUACCUAAUGGCUCAUACGAUGAUAUCUUCAAUGCUGAACAACUUCAGAAACUCCUUUACUUGCUGGAGUCAACUGAGGAUCCUGUAAUUACUGAAAGAGCCUUGGUCACUCUGGGUAACAGUGCAGCCUUUUCAGGCAACCAAGCUAUUAUUCGUGAGUUGGGUGGUAUUCCAAUUGUUGGAAAUAAAAUCAACAGCCCAAACCACAGUAUUAAAGAGAAAGCUUUAAAUGCUCUCAAUAACCUGAGUGUGAAUGUUGAAAAUCAAGGUAAGAUAAAGGUAUUCGUCCAUCAAGUCUGUGAGGAUGUCUUGUCUGGUCCCCUGGAUUCUGCCGUGCAGCUGGCUGGGUUGAGACUGUUCACAAACAUGACGGUCACCAACGAGCACCAGCACAUGCUGAGUGGUUAUGCCGCAGACCUGUUUCGUGUGUUACUGACCGGAAAUGGCACCACCAAGGUUCAAGUAUUGAAGCUGCUUGUCAAUUUGUCUGAAAAUCCAGCCAUGACAGAAGGACUUCUCACUGCCCAAGUGGACUUGUCAUUCCUUUCCCUUUUUGAUGGCCACACAGCACAAGAGAUUCUCCUUCGAGUACUUACACUAUUUCAGAAUAUAAAUAACUGCCUCCAACGGGGAGGCCUUUUAGCUAUUCAGCCUCCCCUCCCUACAGUUCCUUGUUCUCCCUUUUAUAUGGAGAGGAUUGUGUCCAGAAAAUGAAAGCUUUAGUGUAUCAUCAUGAUGUGGAGGUGAGAGAAAAGGCUCUAACAGUAAUACCAGGAUUCUGACUGG